AUGUUCCCCCUGCAGCUGCUCGCUCUGCUCUUCAUCUCCACGCCGAGACUCGAGAAGAAGCGGCGUGAGGAAGGGGAGGAGGGGGGAGGCAGACAGAGGGGACAGAAACAAUGGGAGGGUCAUCUGAGGAGGGGAGACCUGCUGGAGGUUCCCCGCACCAUGUUCACACACUUUGGGAUCUACCUGGGGGGAGGAAGAGUCGCUCACUUCAUCCCCGACAUCCUGCCCGUCUUCUGCAGCGAUCAGACUCAGAUCGAUCAGAUGGUCACCAACACUCGCCUCUUACUGGGGGUCUUUGCCAAGGUCGGCAGCAUCAGGGUGGACUCGCUGGAGGACUUCGCCUACGGAGCAAAGAUUCUGGUCAACACCAAAGACCAGGUGUGCAGCCGGCCGGCGCUGCAGGGCGAGGAGGUGGCGCGGCGGGCGGAGAAGCUGCAGGGUCGAGUCCACUACAGCCUGCUGUGGUACAACUGUGAACACUACGUCAUGUACUGUCGCUACGGCACCCUCAUGAGCUUCCAGACCUUCCAGUUCUGUAAGACAGCCAGGAAGCUGCUGCUGAGUCGGCAUGUUGCCAAGGCGACGGCGUUGCUGGAGGUGUGUGUGCUCCUCUGUCUGGGUGGUGUGAACUUCCUGUCUGCCCUGCUGGCCUUCUUGUUGCCCUCGCUCAUCUGGAUGGCCUCAUAAACAGAAAACAGUUUAAAAAACAGCACUUUAAAUGCAAUAAUGUGUAAAAGUAUUAAAUUACGA